AAUGUCAUUUUAAAAAACAGAAAGAAAGAAAAAAAGAACAAGCCAGGAGAGCUAAUCUGAGUCGUUGCCUCUGUCAGCUUGGCUCGGACCGACCUCGUACCUUCGCUUUGUCUUGUCUUGUCUCCAAGCUCAGAGUCUCCGCCGUCUCCGCCUCCGCUCCCGUCCAAUUCCCAGCGAAGCGAACGACUUCACCGCCUGGGCUUGGCUAAAUCCCUACGCCAAGUGUGGUUGUUACCGAGAAAGAUCAAAUCUUUAGCUUCAAUUGAACUUCAUCACUACGUCAACAGCUCAAAGAUUUGAUUUUUAUUAUUCCUUGAAGGGUAAAAAAACUAGCUUUGAUGGUUGUGCUAGAAGAUAACACCGAGAGGGAGAGGUCACCACCACUUGUAGAGAAUGGUUUCGCCAAUGGACCAAAGGCCAUUCAAGGGAAUGGUAAUGAUAAUGAUACACUCUCUUACGCCAACGUUCUUCGCGCAAGAAACAAGUUCUCCGACGCGCUUUCUCUCUACGAGACUCUUCUGGAGAGAGACAGCAACAACGUUGAAGCUCACAUUGGGAAAGGGAUAUGCCUCCAGACGCAAAGCAAAGUGAACCUCGCUUUUGAUUGCUUCGGAGAAGCAAUCAGGUUGGAUCCGCAUAACGCUUGUGCACUGACUCACUGUGGUAUACUUCAUAAAGAAGAAGGGAGGCUCGUGGAAGCUGCUGAGUCCUACCAGAGAGCACUGAUGGCAGAUGCAUCGUACAAGCCAGCAGCUGAGUGUUUAGCCGUUGUUUUGACCGACCUUGGAACUAGCCUGAAGCUGGCUGGGAGUACUCAGGAGGGGAUUCAAAAGUACUACGAAGCCCUUAAGAUUGACCCUCACUAUGCUCCUGCGUAUUACAACUUAGGUGUUGUGUACUCUGAGAUGAUGCAAUACGACAGUGCCUUGGGCUGCUACGAGAAGGCUGCACUUGAGAGGCCAAUGUAUGCAGAAGCUUAUUGUAACAUGGGUGUCAUCUAUAAGAACCGUGGUGACUUGGAGAUGGCAAUCACUUGUUAUGAGAGAUGUCUAGCUGUAUCUCCAAACUUUGAGAUUGCGAAGAAUAAUAUGGCCAUAGCUCUGACAGAUUUAGGAACAAAGGUUAAACUUGAAGGCGAUGUGAGCCAAGGAGUGGCGUAUUACAAGAAGGCUCUCUACUAUAACUGGCACUAUGCAGAUGCUAUGUAUAAUCUUGGGGUGGCUUAUGGUGAAAUGCUGAAGUUUGACAUGGCAAUUGUGUUCUAUGAGCUUGCGUUCCACUUCAACCCACAUUGUGCUGAGGCUUGCAACAAUUUGGGAGUACUCUACAAAGACCGUGACAACCUUGAUAAAGCUGUGGAGUGUUAUCAGAUGGCUCUGUCAAUCAAACCAAAUUUUGCACAGUCGCUUAAUAACCUCGGUGUCGUCUACACAGUCCAGGGGAAAAUGGAUGCUGCUGCUGAUACGAUCGAGAAGGCAAUCCUUGCAAAUCCCACUUAUGCAGAAGCUUUUAACAACUUAGGUGUUCUUUACAGAGACGCUGGAAACAUAACCGCGGCUAUCGAUGCUUAUGAGGAAUGCCUUAAGAUAGAUCAAGAUUCUCGCAAUGCUGGCCAGAACCGAUUGCUUGCCAUGAACUACAUAAACGAAGGACUCGAUGACAAACUAUACGAGGCUCACAGAGACUGGGGUUGGCGUUUCACAAGAUUACACCCACAGUACACUUCGUGGGAUAAUGUUAAAGAUCCAGAGCGACCUAUCACCAUCGGAUAUAUCUCCCCAGACUUCUUCACUCAUUCGGUUUCUUAUUUCAUUGAAGCCCCACUCACUCAUCAUGAUUACACAAAGUACAGAGUUGUGGUUUAUUCAGCGGUAGUCAAGGCAGAUGCAAAAACAUUCAGGUUUAGGGAUAAAGUGUUGAAGAAAGGUGGAGUUUGGAAAGAUAUAUACGGAAUAGAUGAGAAAAAGAUUGCAAGUAUGGUCCGAGAUGACGAAAUCGAUAUUUUGGUGGAGCUCACUGGCCAUACAGCGAAUAACAAGCUGGGAACAAUGGCCUGCAGACCAGCACCUGUUCAGGUUACUUGGAUCGGCUAUCCAAAUACUACAGGCUUGCCCACUGUUGAUUACAGGAUUACGGAUUCGUUGGCUGAUCCACUAGAUACCAAACAGAAACAGGUUGAGGAGCUGGUUAGGCUUCCAGACUGUUUUCUUUGUUACACACCAUCCCCAGAAGCUGGUCCUGUUUGUCCAACACCCGCUCUGUCCAAUGGCUUUGUCACAUUUGGUAGUUUCAACAAUCUCGCAAAGAUCACUCCUAAGGUGCUGCAAGUAUGGGCUAGGAUACUGUGUGCGGUUCCCAACUCUCGUCUGGUGGUAAAAUGCAAACCUUUCUGCUCUGACAGCAUUAGGCAGAGGUUUCUCACGACGCUGGAGCAGCUUGGGUUAGAAUCAAAGCGCGUUGAUCUCUUGCCGCUUAUUCUUUUCAACCAUGACCAUAUGCAAGCUUAUUCCCUAAUGGAUAUAAGUUUGGACACAUUCCCUUAUGCUGGAACUACCACAACCUGUGAAUCUCUCUACAUGGGAGUUCCAUGUGUUACUAUGGCUGGUUCAGUACAUGCUCAUAACGUUGGUGUCAGUCUUCUCAGUAACGUUGGUUUAGGACGCCUGGUUGCUAAAAAUGAGGAUGAGUAUGUGCGGUUAUCUGUUGAUCUAGCUUCUGAUGUCACCGCUCUUUCAAAACUGAGGAUGAGUCUCCGGGAUCUAAUGGCUGGAUCUCCUGUUUGUAACGGUCCUUCCUUUGCUGUUGCUCUUGAAUCCGCGUACCGAAGUAUGUGGAGAAGCUACUGCAAAGGUGAAGUACCGUCCUUAAAGCGAAUGGAAAAGCUGCAAAAAGAGGUCCAAGAAGAUCCCUUGAUCUCAUCAAGACUCAACGUUACUGGAGAAGCCACUCCUUCUCUCAAGGCCAAUGGCUCUGCUCCUGUUCCUUCUUCCUUACCUACCCAGUCCUGGCAGCUCUCAAAGAACAGGGACUCCACUAGUUAAAAGUCAAAAACAGGAUAACAGAGAUUAUAGAUGUUGAGAAAACUUAAUGCGUUUGCAGAUUCUGGACCCAUAUGGGUGAAAGAUGUGAAAGAGAGUCUCCAUGAGAUCCUCCUCUCUUUUGGCUUCCAUGACUAUAGGAAUAGACUUUUAGAUUACUGCUUGUGUAGUAAAAAGAAUAGUAUUCUUAGUUUAGCUUUAUAAUGAUUCUUGGCAAGUCUAUGUGGAAUUGGAUUUGGAGUUUUUUCUUCUCAUCUGAGAGAUCAAAAUGUUGUAUCAGUUAGGGUUUGAAGGCUUAUUUGGAUGCUUGUUUUUCAUGUGUUUGGUAAUGAAUCAUAUGAUAGUUGGCAUA